GGCAGGCGACCUUAUUUGUUAAUUAUAUUUAUGUACAAGUAGAAGUAGCAUCUCCAAUUUGAAGUUGUCCCCGUCGAUGACCAAGGCAAAAGGUCAAUGCUUUUUCCUUGAUCGCUGAUCGGUACUUGAUGAUUUGGAGGAGAGAUGAAGAAAGCAGGAUCAGGUAUGAUGAAGCAUUACCUCUUUAGUAGGUGUCGGAUGGUUGAUUGGCUUUUAAGACAAGCGAAAUCAUUUAGUAGAAACAAAAAGAAAAAAGAAUAUCAGGGAGGCCAACUCUUUCUUCCUCCUAUCCAGGUCUAUUUUUGGCCAAUCCAUGACCAGUGACCAGAACAUAAGGCAAAACAUGAAGAAUCAGUAUAUGUUUUAAAGAUUCAACAUCAGAUCGGUGCACCCAUGCUAUUGUUGCUGGUUCUGGUACUGGCAGUGAAGAACGAAUAUCUAGCUUUAUGCUUUAACAAUGGAGGUCGGAUCUUGAGUUUUUUAGAUAAGAAAUCAUCGAACGGUUAAACAGCUGCAGAAUAGCUUCAUUGAGUUCCCUCGAGUAUUCAGAAAUUGCGUGGUCAUGUCUCCUGUGGAAACGCUGCUACUUUUCGCAUUCUUCUACGCUGGAAUAGACACAGCCGGUUCUUUUACUGAUCCCCGCGAUUCUGCUGCGCUGGAAUCCUUGAGAAAUGAAUGGCAAAAUACACCACCAAGCUGGGGAGCAUCGAUUGAUCCUUGUGGAACUCCUUGGGAAGGAGUGGCUUGCAUUAAUUCAAGAGUCACUGCACUGAGAUUAUCAACUAUGGGCCUAAAAGGUAAACUUGGUGGUGACAUUGGAGGCCUGACCGAACUAAAAUCAUUGGACCUUUCGUUCAAUAAAGACCUCACUGGUUCAAUCUCUCCAGCAUUAGGGGAUCUACAGAAUUUGAGUAUCUUGAUCCUAGCUGGUUGUGGCUUCAGUGGCAGUAUUCCCGAACAACUGGGCAAUCUUUCUAAUCUAUCCUUCUUGGCUUUAAACUCUAACAACUUUACUGGUACCAUACCGCCAUCUCUGGGAAAACUCUCCAAUCUCUAUUGGCUGGACCUGGCUGAUAAUCAAUUGACAGGUAGUCUUCCAGUCUCGACUUCUGAAACUCCUGGUUUGGACCUCCUUCUAAAGGCUAAACACUUUCAUUUCAACAAAAACCAGUUGUCAGGUUCCAUUUCACCUAAACUUUUUAGGUCUGAAAUGGUAUUAAUACACAUAUUGUUUGAUGGAAAUAAAUUUUCUGGGAAUAUCCCACCAACAUUGGGACUUGUUAAGACCCUUGAGGUUCUUCGACUUGAUCGGAAUUCCCUGGCAGGAACUGUCCCAUCAAAUCUGAACAACCUAACAAAUAUCAAUGAAUUGAAUUUAGCCAACAAUAAGUUGACGGGUCCACUGCCAAACUUAACUCAAAUGAGCUCACUAAAUUAUGUGGACCUUAGUAACAAUUCAUUUGAUUCAUCAGAAGCUCCCGAAUGGUUCUCAAAUCUACAAUCUCUCACGACUCUGAUCAUUGAAUUUGGUUCAAUGCGAGGAUCUGUUCCACAAGGAGUAUUUAGUUUACCACAAAUACAACAAGUGAAACUGAAGAAGAAUGCAUUCAGUGACACAUUUGAUAUGGGUGACAAAGUCAGUGAACAGUUGCAGCUCGUUGAUUUGCAAAAUAACAACAUUUCCCAUUUUACUCUUGGUUCAAGAUAUACCAAAACUUUGAUGCUUAUAGGGAAUCCUGUGUGUAGCACUGAUGUUACCCUCUCAAAUACGAACUACUGCCAAGUUCAAGAUCAACCGGUGAAACCCUAUUCUACCAGCCUUGCCAGCUGUUUAAGUAAGUCAUGUUCUCCGGAUGAGAAGUUAAGUCCUCAAAGUUGUGAAUGUACCUAUCCAUUUGAAGGGACUUUGUACUUUAGAGCACCCUCAUUUAGGGAUUUGUCCAAUGUGACUUUGUUUCAUUCAUUGGAAUUUAGCCUUUGGAAAAAACUGGACCUUACGCCUGGUUCAGUUUCUAUUCAAAACCCGUUCUUCAAUGUUGACGAUUAUCUUCAGAUGCAACUUGCACUUUUUCCGUCCGAUGGUAAGUAUUUUAACAGGUCAGAGAUUCAGAGGAUUGGAUUUUACUUGAGCAAUCAAACCUACAAACCUCCCCAUGAAUUUGGGCCAUUUUAUUUCAUUGCUUCUCCCUACGGUUUUGCAGACACAACUAAGGGAACUUCAAUCAGCCCCGGAGUGAUAAUUGGGGUAGCUAUUGGUUGUGCCUUCCUCGUUCUAGGCCUCAUUGGAGUUGGAAUAUAUGCAAUUUGGCAAAAGAAACGUGCAGAAAAGGCCAUUGGGUUGAGUCGGCCAUUUGCUUCUUGGGCACCAAGUGGCAAUGAUAGUGGAGGUGCACCACAGUUGAAGGGAGCCCGAUGGUUUUCUUAUGAUGAACUUAAAAAAUGCACAAAUAAUUUCUCCAUGAGCAAUGAGGUAGGAUCGGGAGGAUAUGGCAAGGUGUAUAGAGGGAUGCUUGUGGAUGGACAAGCAGUUGCGAUCAAAAGAGCUCAGCAAGGAUCAAUGCAGGGUGGCCUUGAGUUUAAAACGGAAAUCGAACUGCUUUCACGAGUUCAUCACAAAAACCUCCUUGGCCUGGUGGGAUUUUGUUUUGAACAAGGAGAACAGAUGCUCGUUUAUGAAUUUAUGCCUAAUGGAACACUGAGAGAUAGCCUGUCUGGAAAAUCUGGUAUCAAUCUUGAUUGGAAGAGAAGACUUCGUAUUGCUCUUGGAUCUGCGAGAGGAUUGGCUUACUUACAUGAACUUGCCAAUCCUCCCAUAAUCCAUAGGGACGUUAAGUCCACCAAUAUUCUAUUAGAUGAACAUUUAAAUGCAAAAGUUGCAGAUUUUGGCUUGUCCAAGCUUGUCUCUGACAAUGAAAAGGGACACGUUUCUACUCAAGUUAAAGGAACAUUGGGUUAUUUGGAUCCUGAGUAUUACAUGACUCAACAGUUAACAGAGAAAAGUGAUGUAUAUAGCUUUGGAGUCGUUAUGUUGGAACUAUUAACAGGUAAGUUGCCUAUCGAGAAAGGAAAGUAUGUAGUUCGUGAGGUGCGCAUGUUGAUGAAUAAAAGUGAGGAAGAAUAUUAUGGUCUCAAGCAGAUAAUGGAUGUAACCAUUUUAAACAAUACAACGACCAUUAUUGGGCUUGGAAGGUUCUUGGAGUUGGCCAUGCGAUGCGUGGAGGAGUCAGCUGGAGAUCGUCCCACAAUGAGUGAAAUGGUCAAGGCAAUUGAGAGUAUUUUGCAGAAUGAUGGUAUUAAUACGAACACAACAUCUGCAUCCUCGUCUGCAACUGACUUUGGGGCUUCCAGAAACGCUCCUAGGCAUCCCUACAAUGAUCCUAUACCAAAAAAGGAUGCCCAUGACAGCAAUUCUUUUGAUUACAGUGGUGGAUACACUCUUUCAACAAAAGUGGAGCCCAAAUAGUAAUGUUCCUCCUUUUCAGGAAAGACUCUCCUCCCCUCAACUCCUUUGGUUAUAAGGAGAUGGAAACUUGUAGAAUUGUAACCAUUUUAUGCUGUUGGAGAUUUUUGUUCGUGAAUGUGUUUCCAAAUGUUGGUUGGUUGUGCAUUCAAACAUCAUUCUCAUGUUGUAUGGGUUGUCAGUUGGCUUGUUACUGGAGUAGUGGAUACUGACAACUAGAUUUUUAUCUUUGACUCUUAGGAUCUAGAAUGGCUUCAAUUAUAGGAAAGGUAAUAUGACUGAAAUUUAUAUUUACAUUUUUUAAAAA